CACACUUAUUUACCGGUAUCCAUCUUAAUGCUGAAAAAAGUUGUGUUCAAAUUACCGUGAUGCGGUUAAAUAUGUUCAUUGUUAUAAUUUUAUGUGAUUUGUACAAUAAUCUAAAUUUGGCACAGAGUAGUGAAAUGGGUUCAGCCUAAGAAGAAAAGGACUGGCACUGUUACGAAAAACAUGAGAGGGAAAGUGUAAUAGAUGUGGGCAUUGGGCAAAUCGCAGAAGAAACCAUGAAUCUUCACUUGAUUCAUACAUAGGGUCUAAUAAGAUAAUAGUAAUACAUAUGACUCGUGAAGACAACUGGUUAAUGGUUGACGACAUACCUACUAGAUUACUAUCAUGGGGCGAGCGACCCGGAGUGAAAAGCCAGAAUUCUGGCAGCAAGAGUGUCAUUCUGUUGCUCACCGGCAAUCCAGGCAUGAUUGGCUUCUAUGAAACGUUUCUGGCUGAAAUACACAAUCAACUAGCCAUACCAGUGUGGGCGAUUUGUCAUGCCGGACACGAAAUUCCCUCGAAAGAAGAACAAAGCCGGUUUGGCGUGGCAACUGUGAAUGCAAUCGAUAAAGUUUACGACGUAGCAGAGCAGGUCUCUCACAAGGUCGUCUUCAUAGAAAAGUUCAUUCCAGAAGACAAAAAUAUCUACAUAAUUGCGCACUCAUUCGGAGCCAAAGUCACCGUCGAACUUCUCAAGAUUCCCGAACUCAGGAAGCGAAUCUCCAAGUGCUUCCUGGUGUUCCCCACUCUCCAACAUAUGAAAGAAACGCCCAGCGGCAAGUUUUUGCAUCCCAUGUUCACUGUUUACUUGUGCAGCACGAUUGUUUUUCUGUCUUGGAUCUUCACACUAUUUCCGGUAUCGAUACGCAUCUGGCUGUUGAAGAUGGUUUUUAUUAUGAAAGGACACAGCUCAGUUGAGAAGACUUUUAUAGAUGCUACUCUCCGACUGAUACAACCGCUCUGCUUACGAAACGUCUUUGCAUUGGCUUACGAUGAAAUGCUUAAAAUUGUUGAUCUCGAUAAGGAGGUAAUAGCAGAAUGCAAAGAUAAGUUGAAAGUGUACUUUGGAGCGGAGGAUGGUUGGGCUCCGCUAACUUAUCAGGAAAGACUGAAAGAAGCGGUGCCUGGCAUCGACUCGUCAACUCUUGAUCGCCGUUUUCGACAUGACUUUGUGCUGGAUACAUCUGAAGGAGUGGCUCAGAUAAUCGUCGAUCAGCUCAAGAAAAUUGUCACUUGAGGAUUGCUACAAUUUAUUUGAUUACUACGUGAUAGCUUUUGCCUUAAUAGAAUCUCCAUUGAAUGUUAUCUGUGGAUUUCUGCGAUCUUGAGAGAAUAAAGCUGUAUUCCCACAUAUCAGAAAUCGGAGUCCGUGUCCGGUUCAGUGAAAAUAUAAUUCCUAUAAGUUAUAAUGGGCCUAUUCCCACUCAGCCCGACCGAGUGAGUAUGAAUAGUUCCAUUUGAACUAACAGGAAGAAUAAUUUAAUUGAACCGGACACUAAUGUGUGAGAAUAUCAGUUUAAGGCUCAGUUGGAAGUUAAACCAAUUGAACCGCUAUAUAAUGACAUCAUUCCAUGAACAUCAGAGUCCUUCAUCAAUUGAAUGCACAGGCGGCUCUGUCAGAUGUGAUCAUUUUAAGGCUGUUAAAUUUGAUUAGAUUUUCGUUCUACUUGCCAUAAGAAUUAUUGUAAUUUUUGAAAAUAAUUGAAAAAUCGAAUAAUUUGAAUGUACUAUGUGAUCACAGUUGGAGCCUUAUUGUUAAGAAGAUUUUCAAGACUUGGUUUCCAGAAAUCUGUCGUUUUGUUACAUUAGCCAGUCAAUUCAACGCAAUAUCUAAUUUUUAUGCCAGUCAAUUCAACACAAUAUUUAUUUUUUAUAAGGAAAAAAUAAUUGAAAAUAUUGUAUCAAGUUAGACAGAUGCAAUUAAUCACUUUCACUCCAGGAAAAAUAAUAGUAAAGUACAUAAAUAAUACGAGUAGGCCUACUUAAUCAUCCAUAAAGAAAAAUAAUGAUUUAAAAUAAAAAAUAAAUGAUGGAUAAUAAUAAUAAUAAUAAUCAAAAAAGGUUGAAGAUUAUUCAAUAUUGUUUAUUUGAACAUUGAUAUCAUUUAUUUCAUUUGAAUUGACAUUUUUAAUAGAAAUUCAAAUUGUUAUAAAAAGGACCAUAAAAUUAUAUUGUUGAUAUGGACCAUAAUAUUGUUUUGAGCAUCCUUCAAUUUAAUAGUAACUUUUUAUUCUUCUAUCAUAACUCACUAUUAUAGUUCUCUGACAAAAAAGCCAAUAGAAUAAUGAUUUUAACAAACAGUUGUUUUUUUGUAAAAUUAUCAUUCAAUGAAAGAAAGGUCAUUCCUGGAAACUAUUUUUUUUAAUCUAGUAGGCAACUCUGUGAUAGUGGAUUUGUUAUUGCUCAAAGUUUAUGAAAACUCUCAUUUUUCAUACUUAACAAAUAUUCACAAUUUGAUUUGAAUACUAGUUCUAGUAAAAAUAAAUUGUUGGUUACUUUGUUUAUUGAAUGUUUUGUUUAUUUUAUAUUACAUACUUCUAUUGUAGAAUUGUGUUAUCUUGAAUUGUUUAAUCAAUAAGUUUUAUUAGGGAGUAUUUUAUUCAAUUUCUUGGCGCUCUUCAAUAUUAAUUUAUUUUGCUUGCAUUCGAUAAUUUUUAAAAAUUCCUGACUUGAAGGUAAACUAAUUCUAUAGUGAGAUUAAUUUUAAACUAUCUGAAUUCCUUCUAAAUAGAAUCAAUGCUUCCCAUUAAAGAAAUCCUGAUAGUUCAAGUGAAUCUAUAGUAAAAAUAAAUACAUGUAUGUUUAUCUUGGUUAUGUUUUUGUCUUGGUACAUGCUUUAUAAGAUAUUAUAUUUUGUAGCUCAAAUUGAGUCGUGUCUGUUUGUAAGAUUAUCUAGUAUUAAGUACAGUGCAAUAUACUGGUUGUGAAGAUGAGCGAUAAAUGAAGAUUGACAACAACUAUAGUGUGGUCCACGUUAUAAUGGCAGUGAAUGAAGAUAGAAGAAUAGCGAUGCCGAUUCUCUGCAUUAACUAAUUAUAUUUCUACACUGUCAAAAACAUAAAUGUCAUUGUUGUGGACCUAGAAAAGGAUAGUACCAUCGUCUUUGUCGAAUGAUAGACAAGUAUAGCAAAACCAAAGUUGAUCAAAUACUGUCAUUAUAACGUGGACCUCACUACAGUCUAUACUACAGUGUUUUACUGAUAAAAGUGAUAACCUAUGUUAAUGAUUACUGAUUUUACUGAAUGAUUAUGUUAAUGAUUACUAGAUUUUACUGAAAAACAUUAUCUAGAAAUAGAUGUAAUUUCUCAAUUUUUUGUUAUUAGAAACUCAUUAGCUUUAUAUAGGGAAAAUUUUAAUUAUGUAUGUGCCUUAUUUGAGAUGAUAUUAAGAAUAAUCCGCAAUAGUUAGAAAAUGUCUUCAUUACAAUUUGGAAUUUUAGGUUCCACCAAAAGCAAGUAAAUAAGUUUGUUAUUAUUGUAUGCAAAAUAAGCUGGAGCUUAGUGGAACAUGAUUAUCCACUAACUAAAACUUGAAAAAAUUGAACAGUUUUUCAAUGUUUGUCAUAAUUGAAACCUAUUUAUAAGAUCUUUAAUUGCAAAGUACGCUUACCAAUCAGAAUGAUUCCUGUCUUCGCUAUGAGCAGUUGAGCGCACAUAGGUGGACGGGAUUUUUAACAUCGGAAGCGCCUGAGGGGGAUUUUUUGAUUCGUCAAUUAAGUAACAGUUUUGCACGGAAAGGAUAAGAAUUCUGCAUUAAAAACGCCAAAUUGAACAUCUUUUAUUGUUCCUUUCUUCAACUGUAAAAAAUAAACGUAUUGAAUGUGGAGGGCUGAAUACUAUACUGUAUUGACUAUGGCUUUAAGCAUUUGCUGAUCUGCACUCUGUCGGAUAAUCGUCGCAAUUUAAUUAUUCAAUUAGGCCACAAAUUAACACGUGAUUUAUUGGGGCUAAAUAUGUAAAAGCCCAUUUAUAAUUAUUGAGUAUAAAUUUUAUUGUGUCCAAUGAUUGCGGAAUUAACUUUGGUGUAAUAAAUUUUAAUAACAUCAUUUUAAUGUGAACUGUUAUAACUUGAAAUCUCAACCAAACAAAGAAAUAUAUACACGGUUUUAUUUAUAUAAUGCUCCCAGAGUUUCCAAUCUACUGCCUAAUGAAAUUAAAACAAUACCUUUUCACCGAUUCAAAAAUGAUCGUAAGGAGUGAAUACUAAAAAAAAUUAACGAUAUAAAGGAAAAUUUUUUAAGACUGGAAUAUUACCAUGUGGGGAAAGUAUUUCUGUUAAAACAAUAAAUAUCGGGGACCGAGCUUCGCUCUGGAGUACAAAAGCAUAAAAAAAUUAUUUCGAAAGAAGAAAUUAUAACAUUCAUACAGAAAUGUUCUAUCUAAUCACAGUAAAUUGAGAUUAAUUCCCAGAAGAAUGCAAAAAUUUCCCUCACAAAGGCCCGGUUGCACAAAAGCCGGUUAAAUUUUAAUCCUGAUUAAUUUCACGUGAACCAAAUCAGAGAAGACCAUUUCAAAAAGAUGGAUCUGCUGGAAUUAAUGAGGAUUGAAAAUAACCCGGCUUUUUUGCAACCGGCACUAAGUACCUGAUUGAAUGAUUACAAAAGUUCAACAGCUGAGUCAUAAUUUUGACACAGUCCCACACAUAUGAACUCGCUCACUCAGACGACGAAAUAAUUAUUAUCAGCUGUUUUUCCAAGGAUGAAUAAUAAUUCUCCUUUUAAUGUCCUUCAGCGAGUUUUCCCAGGGAUGAGACCUAGUGCAAUCGAAUUUUUAUAUUAUAAACCUACUAUGUUCUGAAUUUCGUGAGAAUCGUUAGAACCGUUUUCAAGAUCCGGUAAAAUACAAACAUAUAAACAGAAAUUGCUCGUUUAAUAGUAUAGGAUGUAUCUCGGAAAAACGAGACGUACACGGUACCACCUGACCUUUGCUAUUCAACAAUUGGCUACAUGACUGAUAUCCCAUAAUCACAGUUUUUCGGUUACAUUACUAAAUAGGUUUUAAAUCAUUGUAUUUUCUUGACCAAUAUUUAUUUUCAAUCCCGGCGAUGCAAGUCUGGAAUAAUUUAAAGUGAUGAAUAGCAGAGUGCAAUUAAUAUCAAGACUGCACGGCUGCAGCACAACAUAUUAUCAUCUAGGCUAUAUUAUUUUUGCAAUUUUGUCUUAUUUGUGCUUGGUAGUUUUUAAUAUUAUUACUAGCCUACUUAUGUUUGCCAUUUAUGUAUUUAUUUGUAACAUCGUUAUUUUUAUCUUCUUUAUUUAUCCUCACGGAUCAUCUCGGGGCCCAUUAUAUUUGUUUUGAUAUUACUUGUAUUGUUUUAUUGAAUAUGUAAAGUGUGUUUUUUAUCCAAUAAAUAUGGAUUGAAUUUAAA